UAUGCAUUAGUCAUAAGCUAUAGACAAGUUAACCAACAACAAUUGACUAUUUUUUUUAAAUAAUCAACUGUGAUUGAUCAAUUUGCUUGCAGCUUAUGACUAAUGAUUUAUUGUAGAAGGCUCAUUAAAUGUUUAUAUAUACAUAGUUUAUUAAACAUUUAUAUUAGGGAAUAAUAGUAGAAUAUCCUUGACAUGUAACGAGCAAGGAUCUCGUCGGAGAUAGCAUUUUUACCUAAAUAAUUACCUAAAUUAACUUAAACUUCUUUUGUUAAUAACUUUUUAAUUAAUUAUUAGCAACAGCUAAAAUCGCAUUUAUAUUUUUUAUUAACGUGUAAACGUAAAACUUUUGAGGUUUAAUCUCCUGUUGGUAAAUUUUGUACAUAUGUAUUUAUAGUAAUUCUCAUUAUGGAUUUGUAUGUAUAACUACAAGACAUAUAAUGAUAUUAAAUAAUUGUAAAUUGUAAAAUUAAUACUUUAUUACACAUAAAAUGACGCCAAACAUAAGUAUUUAUAUUGAUUGGUUAAGAAUGGUCGAUAAUGUCAUCGUUCUUCAAUUAUCAUUAGGCCCAUUAGGCCCACUUUUCAUAUACAAUAUUUAUCCAACACUGACAGUCGUUGUUUUUAUUUCGUUAGUAUCUUUUCUUUUUAGUAGCAUCUAAAGAAAUAAUUUAAUAAAAUUUUUCCAUGUUGAUAAUGAUAUUACUGCUCAAAACAACGUGACAAACAGUUCAAUUUAAACUGCAGUACUAACAUUUGUUUCCAAAAUGGAAAAGACACCUUUGGAUUCAGACAAGCUGAAUAUUGCAAAGAGAUCAUUACAUCAACCUCCUCUUGAUGAAUUAAUGAAUGUUCUGAGGGAAGGAUUGACUACAAACUUUGAGAAAGUCACUGUUGAGCUUGGUAGAUGUCCACAGGACAUUGAAAGAAAGCCUAAUCGAUAUGACUUAUGUGGUAAUCCAAUUAUUUUGGAGAUUGGUGGUCCAGCAUACCUUCUACCUUUAGCUCAGAGGGAUAAGUUCUAUAAUGUUGAAACAUUACUGCGCCGCAUAGAUUAUUGUGGAAAUGCUUUUGUCAUAGGUGCAGGAGCUGGACUAUGGCCACACAAAACUGAUGGGACUAAUUGUGAGCUCGUUAUACAUUAUAACAUAGAUACACGGGUAGGCUCAGUAAUAAAUAAUUCAUAUUAUGCAUUUGUGGAUAAGUCCACUGGAGAAUGUAUGGUUCCUCAACAACUAGGCUGUAGUGAACAGCACCAAGCAAAUAACCCAUUAUUGGCUAAUUUGUAUGUGUGUGAAGGUGAACCAGGAACUGUUAUAAAAGUAUGUGCUAAAAAACGCACUGGAAAUUUAGAUUUUAUAGCGAGUAUGCAGAGAGCAUUGGGAAACCGCUACAAGAAUGAACUUGUCGGUUUAGGUGGUGUGUUUACUAUGAGAAACGGGAAAAUAAAACAACAUGUUAUGCAAGAUUUUUCGGCUACUCCAUUAACUACUGAGACUGAACUUAACAACUGGUUACGUUUCUAUGAGAUGGAAACUCCUCUGACAGCUGUUGGCACAUUUGUCAGUGCUGAAACAGAACUGGAUCUCAGAGUUCAACAUUUUCAUAGUUUUGCUCAUAACAAUAAAAUGGCAGGACAUUAUCAUAUCGAUACGACACCAGAUACUAUCGAGUAUGAAGGUUAUUUUAAUUUAGCAGGUACACUUUAUCGCGUCGAUCAGCCUCCCAAUAAAUUGCAGUUUGGGAAAGACUGA